AUGGUCGACGUCUCCCAGUACAACGGCAAGUUCCACCUCGCUUCCGAGCCCGCUCCCCACGUCCUCCUUCUCGAGUUCAACAGGUUCUGGAUGGAGCUCGAGGACAUCAUCAACCGGGUCUCGGGCAACUCUGACAUCCGCGUGAUCGUGGUCGGUUCUCGCCUCGCCAAGUUCUUCACUGCCGGACUCGACGUCACGCAGCCCUCGGUUCUGGCCGCCGGCAACGACCUUGACGCUGCUCGCCGCGCCCUUGCUAUCCGUGGACACCUGACUCACUUCCAGCGUGCCAUCUCCACCCUGGAGCUCUGCACCCAACCCGUGAUCUGUGCCAUGCAUGGAUUCUCCCUCGGCCUGGCUAUUGACCUGUCGUCUGCCUGCGAUAUCCGUCUUUGUUCCGAGGACGCCAAGUUCGGCAUCAUGGAGGUCAAGGUGGGCCUGGCUGCCGACAUUGGUACCCUCCAGCGCUUCCCCAAGAUUGUUGGCAGUGGUUCCAAGGCUCGUGAGCUCGCCCUCACCGGCCGUGAGUUCAACGCUGCCGAGGCCAAGGAAAUCGGCUUCGUCAGCGAGGUCGUCCCCGGCAGCCGCAAGGAGGUCCUCGAGGCUGCUAUCAAGAUGGCCGAUGUCAUUGCCAAGAACAGCCCCAUCGCCGUCGUUAGCACCAAGCACCUGAUGAACCAUGCUAGGGACCACUCUGUCCAGGAGGGACUCGACUACACUGCCGCCUGGAACCAGGCUAUGCUGCAGUCUGAGGACACUAUUGCCUCAAUGAAGGCCCGCCUGGCCAAGAAGACGCCCGUGUACAAGCCUAUCGGCGCCAAGCUCUAA